UUCUCUGAAGAAGAAAGCUGAGACUCGUCAACAAUGGCCAGGACCAAGCAGACCGCCCGUAAAUCCACCGGAGGAAAAGCUCCCAGGAAGCAGCUGGCCACCAAGGCUGCCCGCAAGAGCGCCCCGGCCACCGGCGGAGUGAAGAAGCCCCACCGCUACAGGCCCGGUACCGUGGCUCUCCGAGAGAUCCGCCGCUACCAGAAGUCCACCGAGCUGCUCAUCCGCAAGCUGCCCUUCCAGCGCCUGGUGAGGGAGAUCGCUCAGGACUUCAAGACCGACCUGCGCUUCCAGAGCUCCGCCGUCAUGGCUCUGCAGGAGGCCAGCGAGGCUUACCUGGUCGGACUCUUCGAGGACACCAACCUGUGCGCCAUCCACGCCAAGAGGGUCACCAUCAUGCCCAAAGACAUACAGCUGGCCCGGCGCAUCCGCGGAGAGAGGGCUUAAACUCGCUCCUCACCUGGAAACAACACAACGGCUCUUUUAAGAGCCAC